AGGAACUUGAAGUGGACUUCAAAAAACUAAAACAAAUUAAAAACAGGAUGAAAAAGACGGAUUGGCUAUUCCUCAAUGCUUGUGUGGGGUUCGUGAAAUUGUGCCAGCUGACUCCAGGUCCACCCUGACCCCCACAGCAUAAACCAUGCUGUGAUGUCACAGCUACCAUAGAACUCCAGGGUAGUGUUGAGCUGGCCCAUGUGAGCUCAGGGGUUGUAGAAGGUGAUUUAGCUGCCAUAGAAGCAUACAAGUCAUCAGGAGGAGAUAUUGCGCGUCAGCUCACUGCAGAUGAAGUGCGCCUGCUGAACCGCCCUUCUGCCUUUGAUGUAGGGUAUACUCUUGUACACUUGGCUAUACGUUUCCAGAGGCAAGAUAUGUUGGCAAUUUUGCUGACAGAGGUGUCUCAACAAGCAGCAAAGUGUAUUCCAGCAAUGGUGUGUCCUGAACUGACAGAACAAAUCCGGAGGGAAAUAGCUGCGUCUCUUCACCAGAGAAAGGGGGAUUUUGCUUGCUAUUUUCUAACUGACCUUGUAACAUUUACCUUGCCAGCAGAUAUUGAAGACUUACCUCCAACAGUCCAAGAAAAAUUAUUUGAUGAGGUGCUUGAUAGAGAUGUUCAAAAAGAAUUAGAAGAAGAAUCUCCAAUUAUUAAUUGGUCCCUGGAAUUGGCUACACGAUUGGACAGUCGACUAUAUGCCCUUUGGAACCGGACUGCAGGAGACUGCUUACUUGAUUCUGUACUACAAGCUACCUGGGGCAUUUAUGACAAGGACUCGGUGCUUCGGAAAGCCCUGCAUGACAGUCUUCAUGACUGUUCACAUUGGUUUUACACACGCUGGAAAGAUUGGGAAUCCUGGUAUUCUCAGAGCUUUGGUUUACAUUUUUCCUUGAGAGAGGAGCAGUGGCAAGAAGACUGGGCAUUUAUACUCUCACUUGCUAGUCAGCCUGGAGCAAGUUUGGAACAGACACACAUUUUUGUACUUGCACAUAUUCUUAGACGACCAAUUAUAGUUUAUGGAGUAAAAUACUAUAAGAGUUUCCGGGGAGAAACUUUAGGAUAUACUCGGUUUCAAGGUGUUUAUUUGCCUUUAUUGUGGGAACAGAGUUUUUGUUGGAAAAGUCCAAUUGCUCUGGGUUAUACAAGGGGCCACUUCUCUGCUUUGGUUGCUAUGGAAAAUGAUGGCUAUGGCAAUCGAGGUGCUGGUGCUAACCUGAACACCGAUGAUGAUGUCACUAUCACGUUUUUGCCUCUGGUUGACAGUGAGAGGAAGUUACUCCAUGUGCACUUUCUUUCUGCCCAGGAGCUAGGGAAUGAAGAACAGCAAGAAAAACUGCUCAGGGAGUGGCUGGAUUGCUGUGUGACUGAGGGGGGUGUUCUGGUUGCCAUGCAGAAAAGCUCUAGGCGGCGGAAUCACCCCCUGGUCACCCAAAUGGUGGAAAAAUGGCUUGACCGCUACCGACAGAUCCGGCCUUGUACAUCCCUGUCUGAUGGAGAGGAAGAUGAAGAUGAAGAAGAUGAAUGAAAAAAAUCAACAGCAGAAGACCAAGGCAUUGGAUCUGUGAUGACCCCAAAGUGUGGUGCUCCAAGCAGAGUAUGCAGCAUGGAAUGAACCAAAACUGGCAAUGUCUGCUCGGAGAUGUUUGCCUGAUCCACACCAAUGGAGACGGUGCAUCUGAUGCACGAGGAGACAGAGAACUUUGGUUGGACUUCAGUUUGUAAAAAACUAAUUUUAUUAAGACAGAACUUUUUUUCUUUCAAAUUGUAAAUCUGUCUAUAAAUGUAACGCAUGUGGUUGUGUAAGAAAUUGUGUAAUAGGAAAAGUUGUACCAGCAUCUUCAUAUUAUUGAGAAAUUUUUUUCCAGCAUGGGCACUUACAAAAAGCACAUGGCAGUGAUUCUUUGUUCCUUUGAGAUAUUCUUUUUUCAGUAGAACCUGGCAUUCUACUUUCACGUUAAAAGAUUCAUUUAACAUUAAGUCUCAGAAAUCUGGAAACGUUUUUGUAUAAAUUAUCCACAGCAAAACAUAAAAAUAAAUAAGCUUUUAUUUUAAAUAAUUUAGUUCCUGUUGUGCCCAAUGAAAUAAAAUCAAAUCUUUGAGGAACAAAACUGUAAGAAAAGCUAAGAAUUUUUUUAUUGAGUGAACUUCAUAUAGACAUCGGUUUCCUUGUUUGAAGAGGGUUUUGGUUUCUAUUAUUUUGUCUAGUUUUCUGAUAUAUCCCUUUUCAGUAUUUAGGUAUUUGUUUGGAAGAGUACCCGACUCUGGGCAGUGGUCUGUUUAAGAGUAGUGAGUAGUCAUUCCCCAGAUGGGAAGGGAGCAGAUCACGUCUCACUACACAAUUGUGUGAAAUUUGCUCACUUGGCCUCCACUGACAGUGUUCUGCCCACAUUGCCACGCAGAGGGGCUUUGGGACCUUCCAUCACCACCUCUGCUCUGAGCGAAUCUUGUGAGGACGGCAUGGCUUUGCUCAGGCAGACUGGGACUACCAGUUUAGUACAGGAUAAAGAUUUGAAAACUGCAAUAAGGUGGUAAAUGCAUUGUAUGAUGAAUUUUGCAUGUUGGUUAAUUGUAGCCAUUAUUAUUAUUUAAAGUUAAAACUACAGUCUUAGGCAGAAUUUUUUUUUAAAAGUUAGUUGACCAUUUCAGGUAUACGUUGAGUACUGGGCAAAAAAUUUCAGACUUAGUGUCCUGAUAAGCACUUUCUUAACUAUUGAUAGGGCAGUGAAUUUGGAAAGAAGCCCAAUCUAUAUGGACACAGCAACACAUGAAUUUUUCCUUCCCUGUGAAGAAAAGGCUGUGAAAACCUUGUUUGCUUCUGGUUUUAUGUUUAGUUAUUGGAAUGUCUGUAACCUCAAAUUUGAUGCCAGAAUACUAAAAACAGACAAAUACCCACUAGGUGUAAUAUCUUCAGUUCUUAUCCCCUUCUCUGAACACUCAGUAAAAAUUGUUCCCAGAAAAGAAUUUUUGCUGCAUGCUAAAAGUCGAAAAUAUUUUGUGGUAUGAUUCCACCACAAGUGAAUUUUGAUAUAAUGGUAAAUGUUAAUGUUCUAAGUGGUUAAUGUUUUCUUUCAUUUUGGUCAGUAGUUAAUAAUCAUAGUUCUUAGAAGGCCACCAUUCUGAAUGCUGGGCAUCAUCUGUAGGAACUUUCUCCGUGGCUUGGGAUCUGUAGGGGGCAGAGAUCCUGUUCUCUAGAUGCCUGUGAAGUAAAAUCUGCCCUCUCAAUUGAAGAAGCCAGAGAAAUAGAGGGAGAACAUCUGGUCACUGUAGUCAGCACUACAGUUGAUGCUCAGAAUUACAGGCUCAGUAUUUAGUUUCUUCCUGUGUGUUGGUCUGGUGAGUGUCGUUUCCACCCAGUUCCCUCUUUAUUUAUUUAUUUAUUAUCAGUGACCCUGACCGCAUAUAGUUUUGAUAGGUACAGUAUUCUUCCCUGUGGGAAAGAAUGUAUAGAUGGUUCCAUUUCCUAAGCUACAAACAGGAAUGGGGCUUUAAAUGGUUUUCAUAGUAGAUUGGCUGUUAAAGGCCAAAUUUUUGGUAAAUCAUUGCUAUAUUAAGCUCUUGAACUAUUAAACAGCCAUAAUUAUCAUCCCAAGAUAGACUACACCAUCCUUUGUUGAAGAUUAUACAUGGCUGGGUGAUAGGCAUGAAUGUCUUUUGAUUGACUUAGUAAUAACUGUAUGGACUUUAUGGUUGUUUUUCUGGGGUGAAGAGAGUGUGUGGUGUUUUUUGUUCUGACCUGUUUUUUCCUUGGAGUAAAUUUAUAUAUAUACACAUAUAUAUAUGAUCAUUUCCCAAAGACCGUUUGGGCAACCAAGAUCUAAUUAAACAAGACCCAGGUGGACCAUGUAUUCAGACCUGCCUUUUUAUGUUUUUGACUCUUAGGUUCAUCGUAUCCCAGAAUGAAUAUAUGUGAAGGUUAAGAUACCCCGUGUGUACUAAGCCUCCUUCCCACGCAUAGUUCAUGGUUAUGAAGAUAUGUUAAAUCACUCCUUUGCUGUCUGAAGUAAUAGGUCAGUAAACUGUGUGCUCCAUGGGAAGUUUUUUAAUGUAAGUUUUCAUGGCAGAGUUGGGAUGGGACCAAUACCUUAAAAUAAGGGAGGAAUUAAGGCCAGGCAGGCUGAAUGCUUUAGGACACCAUGGUUUCUUUUUAAUAGGAAGAGAAGGGCCCAAAAGGAGUUUGAUAUUUGGAACUGCUGGACUUAACCGACAAAGGGUUUAAUGGUAUUUGAAAAGGAAGAUCCAUUAAAUCAACAUAAAGUUCUUAACCUAUGGAAAUGGCUGCUGUUAAUUAUUUUUCAAUAUUUUGUAAAUAUCACAAUUGUUAGAGUCACUUUUCUUCCUUGAGCCAGCCAAUUUUGCUUUGGGGGUAAAUUAAAAUCAAAACACAAGCACCUUUGUUUCUUGAAUUGACCCACUUUUCAUCUUAAGGAUGAGAUGAUUUAUAGUGACAGACUUGGACUUGUAUGAAGUUUGAUUUUCAAUUAAACUAUCACAUGAGGUAAUUGUCAGCUUUCUUGAGUCUGGUCAUGGAUUAGGCAGAUACAACCCUGGAAUAACAAGAGUUGGAAAUUGGCUAAUUGACAAUGCAGCUGCCUUUAAACAUCUCAAGUAGAGGACUUUUUACACUGGUGAGAUGUAUUUGAAUUUCAGAACUUAACAGAAAUUUUAAUUACUUUUUAUUGAAAACUGCACUGAAUGCUAAAUGUCCACCUUUACAAUAAACAAAUACAGUAACGGUAACUCACACUAAAACAAAACAUACUUCUGAUAGCCAUUAUUUUUCUGUUUGGGACAGUUUUAAAGUUUUUUUUUGUCACAAAAACAGGAAUGUACCUAUACAAAGGCUCAAAAUAGGCCAUCUUUUUAAACAAAAAGGCAAUGAUUCACAAAAGACUAUGAAUAGAACAUGUAACUAGUUGAAGAUACAAAUCUAAUAGGAUUUGUUAAAAUCAGUCACAUCUAAUACAUCUGAAGUGUUCUUGUAUAAAAUAUCACGUGAAGAAAAGAAGACUUUAUCAAUGUCUAAAAAAGUGGGUUUGUUCAUAGACAAUCUGACAAGUUACCAUAAAAAGUGUUUCCUGAGACAUAAGGAAAUGCAACAUUAUUCUUCUUGAACACUUUUAGUUCAAGACUUUCCACUCAAUAAAAUAGCUGAGGAUCUGAAACUGAGAAAAUAUAUUUGAGUACAAACAGCUUGUGAAACUUAAUACUUUUUUUUUUUUUUUUUGCAUCAUCAGGGUAUUACUGAACUUACAGCCAACUUGCCCGCUCAGUAUGCA